AUGGAAAAGUACGGGGUCUCUCGAGAGAUGGCGGAAGUUCUUCCAACCAACCGGCACUCUCGCAGCACGAAGCUAAACUACCAGAAGUAUGUGAACGACCUGGACGAGUUGCUCACGCGCUGCGAGGAGCAAAAGGAAGCCUUUUUUCAAAAAGUGCGUGAGAUCGCGUCGCAGACGAAGGGAAAGAACUGCGAGCCACCUAUAAAGUCAAAGAGCAGGUGCGAAGCAAAGGCGCAAGAGAAGUAUCGUGACGCAAGUGGCGAAGUCGCCUGGUAUCGGUUAACGGACAUUGUCCGGGACACCAUCAUCUAUGAAAGCAUGGAAGACAUGUACGAGGGGCUGAAGUUCAUGGACACUGCUUGCGAGGAGGGAACCCUGGACAUCGUAGAGUUCAAUGACAGAUACUUGUUUCCCAUGCCCGGCGGCUGCCGCGACCUGCAGCUCUGCAUCCGCAUCGGGGGCGUGACCUGCGAGCUCCAGCUUAACGUCCCCGGCAUGAUCUAUGUCAAGGAGAGUGGUCGGAACCGGAUCGAGCGAGAUCUUAUGGCAGCGGUCGCGCACACAGGAAUCGAGGCUGUGAAGAGGGCCCUGAACACUCUGAACUCCAUCAAGGACGAUUGGGGGCAAGAUGGCCAUGAGCUGAAGGCCAUCUUGAACAGCAAGGAGAAACCCUUGCUGCUCAAGGCAGCCGAGGCUGGCAACGCCGAGCUCAUGAGCGUCUUCCUGCAAUAUGGUGCAGAUAUCGACAUCAAGGACGAAGCCUCCGGCCAGACCGCCUUGCACAAGGUGAUGGAAGGUGGAUACGAACGAGCAAUGUGGCUGCUGCUGGAAAAUGGGGCAGACUGGAAUGUGACGGAUAAGGACGGCAUUGCCCCCCUUAUGGAAGGCCUUCUACGGCUUCGCAGCGAACCGGACAACGAGUACCUGGGCCGAGCGGUGUGCAUCCUCUCGCAGGUGACGAAGAUAGACUAUGUGAGAGCAAUCCGAAGCCAACUGAAGCAAGCGGUGAAGAAAAGGCUGAAGCAAAGCACAGAGCUGCCAGCGCACUGCCAAGAUGGUGAUGUGCGCAAAGUGCGAGAGUUGCUGAACAGCUACGCAGACGCCGACUCCCGGGGGGCUGACAAUGAACGCGGUCUCCACAAAGCUUUGUCACCCGUCGGAGGUGUCCGGAAUUUCACCCCGGGGCACCUGCAGAUUUGCGAGCUGCUUCUGCAGUUCAGUGCAGACUGCAAGAAGGAAGACAACGCUGGGGCUACACCUCUUGCCCUCGCGGCCCGGCUCGGGUCCACUGAAGUCAUGCGCUUGCUUCAGCAGCACGGAGCCACGGUGGAGUCUGUACGGGCAGAGGAUUUGGAAGCGCUGGUGUCCGAAGUGGGUGACGAGGAUGCGGAAGCUGCUCUGGUAUGGCUUCGAGACGCCGGUUGCGAUUUCACAGUCUCAACCAGAAAUGAAGGCGAGCUUCCCACCUUCGUUGCUGCCCGCCGUGGCAAUACAAGGCUUUUGCAGGUUCUCGCAGACGCCGGUUGCGACAUGGGCUGGCGCAAUCGCAGCGGGGACUCGGCCAUCGUGGCCGCCGCCAGGGCAGGCCAAGCAGAUGCCGCCAGGUGGUUUCUCGAGGAGGUUUCCAUAGAUGCUGUGGACUUACAGCGUGCCCGGAAUGCAGCCAGCAAGCUCGACAAACCCGACGAAAUGCUUGAGCUGAUCGAGACGAAGUGGCGGGAGGAAUGCCGUGGGCCGCUCAAUCUGCAAAACCUGUCACUGCUGGAUCGGACAGGGGUGCCGAAGGGGUCCGAUUUUGAGAAGAUCAUGCUCACUGCGGCAGCCAAGCAAAACUGCAAGAACAGCGGCGCCUUUUACUUCGAAGUGCAACUUCUAAGCAAGAUUGAGAGGAUCAAUGUUGGCUGGGCCACCACGGCAUACCAACGAAGCAGGGACCUCGGCUUUGACGCGGAAAGUUGGUGCUGGCAGAGCCAAGAUGGCAGGACAAUGUUUCAACUGCAUGCUGCCGAAGGCCCCGAGGUGGCGCUGCCGUCGUGGGAGCCAGGAGAUGUUCUGGGUUUGGCCUUGGAUUUCGCCGCCGGCAAAAUGCGGCUGUCGCAUCAGGGCACGUGGCAGGCAGAGACUGAGGGACCAGAGUGCAAGACGGAAGCCAAACGGGAUGCAGCACCGGGUGGUGCCCGGAUGCACGACAGUACCCAGCUGUCACUGCAAAGUGGGGCCUGUUCCGACUACGCCUUGGCAAGGAGAAACAUGCAGACCUGGGGAUCGCGCCAGACCUGGAUUUUCGGACCUCCGAAAGACGGCCCCAAAGAGGGCUACGAGCCCUGGGCGUCUGGAGUCGGAGAGUGGGCCAAUGAGGCUACGUUUGGCGACCGCAGCUGGGGCUUUGACAUGCAGCUCAGUGGGCGGAGGCCGCGGCUUCUAGGGCUCGAGGCCCUCGGCUGUGAAGUCCCAAAAUCCAUCAGCGACUUCUUCGCCGCCGGCCUCCCGGAAGUCUCCCGAGCCUCCGGGAAGUUCUACUAUGAGCUGCGCCUGCUGAGCCGCCCAGAGAGUCCUCGGGUUGGCUGGGCCACGGAAGAUUUUGAUGGUGGUGCCAUAGGAGACGAUCCAGAGAGCUUUGCCUUCGAGGGAUGGCGGAUGAUGAAGUGGAAUGCUGGCGAGAGGUCGCAGGCAAGCUUGGAGCCAUGGUGCCAAGGAGAUCUCCUAGGUCUUGCUGUGGACCUGGACGUGGGCGAGAUGCGCUUGUGCAGCUACCGCCAAGUGGACAUAUCUACUGACAUAGCAGUGGGCAGCUUAAUCCGGAUCAAGAAAGUCAGCGUCAAAGAGGCAAAACGUGUUGCGGAAGCUAGCGGUUGUGGCUGGGCCAGCAACAUGGAAGAGUGCUUGGGCCAAGAAGGAAAAUAUCUGACGAAAGAUAGCGACGGCUUUCAGCUGGAGAUGCCAGAUGGUCAACCGUGGUGGUUUCCGCCGGCGUUGCUUCACCUGAACUUGUCUCCUACCGAUCCUACUGGUACAGAGGAUGUUGACUCUGGGAAGAUCGUGUUCGACCCGAAGGGCCGCAAACUGCACCCUGCGGUCUCCACGCUUGGCCCGUUUCGGCUGUAUCUGGGGCGCAUGAAUUGGCUACACAUGCCGCCAGGAGACGACUAUGAAGAAUGGGCGGCAGGAGUUGUCGAGUGGGCCCCGCAGGACUGGCGGGCUGGUCGUGAGCUUCAGGGGAGGCCUUCCUUGCUUGGACUGCGUGGCAUUCGCCCGGUGGAGAUUGAAGAGGAUGCUUCAAUUGGGCUUUGGUUGACUGCUGGGGCCAAGGAUGCUGCUCGCAGCAGCGGGAAGUUUUAUCAUGAAGUUCAGCUGUUUACUGAGACCGGUUGUCCUCAAUUCGGUUGGCUGUCAACCGGCUUUGAAGAAGGGCCGCACGACGGGAAUGGUGUUGGGGACGACGAGCAUGGCUAUGCCUUCGAUGGGGAUCGCCUGUUGAACUGGAAGGCAGGCCGGAAACAAAAGGUGCAAGUUGAGCGAUGGAAGGUGGGUGACAUCCUGGGUUUUGCCAUCGACCUGGACGCUGGCGCCAUGCGUCUGUCGCACCAGGGUAAAUGGCACAGCGGAGAGGGCUAUGUCAUGAAGUCUGACGAGAUGGGGGGCCGUGAGUGGUAUCCAGCCGUGUCUGGGCGUGUCUUUUACCAGAUGCACAUCGACAAGAAAACCUGGCGCUUCGCACCGCCAUCUGAAGACUACCAGGCUUGGGCGAGUGGCAUCUUCGAGUGGUCGCCGCAGAGGGUUGGAGGCGCCAGCGGGGAAACGGUUCGAAGACCUGUCCAGGAGCAAGGCUACGACAGCCGUUUAGGGCAAUCUCCCUAA